UGCCGUCUUUAUUUUACUUAGCCCCGAUGCUGGUCGAAUCCGAUGGAUUACACGCAGCGCUCCAUAUUGCUCAUUUUGUGCGUCUGCAGUUUACACUGUGGUGGGCGAGUCAAGAGUUAAUGCGUUAUGUAACACCCCGAGGACGGUCGUCAUAAUGUGCACGGACUGUCAGUGGUCCAAUUCGUGUUUGUCCUCACUGGGGCUCCAUCUGUCCUGUUGAACACAACCUGGUACCAGCAAGCGGAGGACCUUCUGAGGGAGAUCACUUCUAAACAUCAGAGUGAGAAUACGCUACAGGAAACACAAUGGGACCAUUCCAAGAGUAUGAGGAAAAGAAGUCUCCACAGAAAGGGAGCCCUCGGAGUCGCAUCCCACGUUUGGUCCUGCAUCCCUUCCAGCCAAAGGGCAAUGGAUCACCUCUUUCUGACUCUCCUUUCUCAGAAGAGGAGGGCAAAGAGUGUGACAUCAGCUCAGAUCACUCCAAGAGAACGAUCAGCACCAACAGUUUUUACUCGGAUGACACCGGCUGCCCCACUAGUCAGUCUGUGUCCCCCUCCAAAACUCCAUCAGGCUCUGAGGAGAGUGCCCAAAGCUCGCCAACACUCCCCGAGCGCAAGGCCAAAGUGAAGAGGGUACGCGUUAUAGCGGAGGGCAGUCGUGAACCACGGAGUGCUCCGAGGCACAAGAAGGAGCUGAGGUCGGCCAUGAAAGCCAGAGGAAGUGAGGCAGAUUUUAGCUCCUCCAGUAGUACAGGGAGCCUGAAGACCAGGGAGAGCCUCAUCAAAUCAUCUGCAAAGAAGGCGCCCUCUCGCAGUCACAUUACCCACAUGAGCUCGCUCCCAGUGUUCAAACCAGCAGGGAGCCCUUCCUUCGGCCGUGAUGCAGAACUAUAUGCUCCGUACAGGACUCCGCCCAGAGCUGCAUCCUCAACCAAUAGUAGCAGCUGCAACUCCAGCCCUACAUCCAGGAGAGCGAAUUUGAGCCGCUACCAUUCAUGUGGCGAUAACCAUGGAAUUCGACCCCCCAACCCUGAGCAGUAUCUCACCCCUCUGCAGCAGAAAGAAGUGGCCAUCAGGCACCUGAAAACAAAGCUGCUGGAGUCUGACAACAGGGUGCAUGACAGAGAGGCAGAAAUUGAGGAUCUCAAGGGCCAGCUCAGCAGAAUGAGAGAAGACUGGAUUGAGGAGGAAUGUCACCGGGUAGAGGCCCAACUGUCCCUUAAGGAAGCCCGUAAGGAAAUCAAACGGCUGCGCCAGGUUGUGGAGACUAUGAAGAGCAGCCUGAUGGAAAAAGAUAAGGGAAUACAGAAGUACUUCAUUGACAUAAACAUCCAAAACAGGAAGCUGGAGUCCCUGUUGCAAAGCAUGGAACUUGCUCAGAGCGGUGCCAGCCUUCAAGAAGAAAACGCACAGGACUUUGUCUUUCAGAGUCCUGAAAGGGAUGGGAAGAAGAUGGUUGGGGAUGAAGACGGUGGAAUGGAGCUGGGAGAUCAAGGGGUAGAGGCCAUGGCUGAUAGUGGGCUGCUAAUAAAUGAUGAGAUGGCCAACAGAGAUGACAUUUUGGAGCAGGUCUUCAUGUCUACUGCGAUGGAUUUCAGUCUGGACUCCAACAAGCCAAAGCCUGGGAUCGAGUCAGGCCCCGACAUGUCCAUCUUAUCCGAAAUAUCCAAUCCACGUCCACCAGCUAAAUCAGCUUCUGUUACCAGCCGCAUCUCACGUUCCCUGAAGAAGAUUGAAGAUAAGGGGCUCCAGACUGACAUAAUGCCCAUGUCACAAGACCUUCAGGCUCUCCUUUAUCAGCUUCUUAGACUUGAAGGGAGUAGAGGGCAAACAUUAUCCAGCACUGUUCUGGGUCUCUCAAACCUGUCCACCUCCACUGGAACUUCUGCACAUUCCCCUGACUUGAUAGCUCCCAUAUUAAACCUGGUGACCCCUGCUCCCCUCGACAGUGAAGUCAUCGCUACUGACCAUGGAUUGUGCUGCUCAGAACUGGCAGAUAGCCCUCGGUUUAUGGAUGAGCUGGAUUUUGAUAUGAGCACAGAAAAACACGAUCCCUCACCAGGACUGGGUGUGGUCAGCAAACAAUACUGGAGCAACAGUUUUCUGGUGGAUCUGGUUGCAGUCGCAGCACCUGUGCUACCCACAGUGGCCUGGCUGUACUCGCGGCAUGGUGUGGAUAAAAGCACUCCAGUCAACAUCGCUGCUCUCAUCCGGGGCUGUUGCAUCAUGGGAUUGCACUCUCUUCGUCACAUUGCUCACAGGCCAGAUGUCUAAUGGUUUUCAACAUACACUCACACGCCUCACUUUGAAUUUGAAGCACUUAAGCAUUUUUUAGUAUUUUUUUUUCUUUUCUUUUCCUGAACACCUAAUCAAUGUUGCUAUUUUGGGUCCAGCUCUGUAUAUUUACUGUGAGAUGAAGCAAAACGGCAACAUGAAAGGGAAAAUGUAUUAAUGGUUGGAAUUUAUUAAUAGUGUCUAUAAAAUGAUCAUCUCGGUAGAUGGAUUUCUCUUUGCUGUUUUGUACUGUCCCAUAUUGUCCUUGUUAAAAAUCAAGUCACCUGUUCAGAUGACUUUUUGGAGAUGAAAGAUUGAAUGUCGGUUUCAGUUUGACGUGUUUUGAGAUGUUUAAGUUAAAAAAGAAACUUUAAUCCUUCAGCCAAAGCUUUAAUGUGAAAUCACUUGGUUUUUUUUGUGCAAGUGUAUUUGUCCUCCCAAUAAGUGGAGCUUUAAGUUGAACCUUUGUAUUGUUAACAGAAAGUUGAUGGUUCACAGCAAAUGACAGUUAUGUGCCUGAGCUAUGUGCAAUACCUGCUGUUUGCAUCAAAUGUCCAUGUGUAUUUAUUAUUAAAGCAUGAUAAUACAGCA